GGCUCAGUGUUUUAUUGUCGCCAGAGAACUGCUGUAAUGGCGGUGUCUCGUCGCUCUUCGCAGCAGCAGAGUACGUUACAAUCCCCGCCUAGAAACAACGCUCUUUCAGGUGCUUCUCCGGCCUCGCCGCCCAUGGCUUUGCUGUCCCCGGCUGUGGGAAUAUCGGAGAAUGAGAGGGAAUGUAACGGAGGGAUUGAGAUGGCUCUGGCCUCCCCGGACCUACCAGUCCCGAUCCUGGCGAGCAGCGCGAGCUCCACCACGACAACCUCAGGCGGAGGCAGCAGCAUCUCGAGCCCCGGCUCUGGUGUGACCAGCCCCAGCGACGGUAGCAGCGGCGUCGGUGGCGCGUUCAGAGAAUUGUUCGAAGCCUGUCGAAAUGGUGAUGUGUCCCGUGUUAAAAGACUCGUGGAUUCGGUGAAUGUAAACGCGAAGGACAUGGCUGGCCGAAAAUCCACUCCGCUUCAUUUCGCUGCGGGCUUUGGUAGAAAAGAUGUGGUGGAACACCUCCUGCAGACAGGGGCUAAUGUUCAUGCCAGGGAUGAUGGAGGUCUCAUUCCUCUACACAAUGCGUGCUCUUUUGGCCACGCAGAGGUCGUCAGCCUCCUCUUGUGUCAAGGUGCCGAUCCAAAUGCCAGAGACAACUGGAACUACACUCCAUUACACGAGGCUGCCAUCAAGGGAAAGAUAGAUGUCUGCAUUGUAUUACUUCAGCAUGGUGCUGAUCCAAACAUCCGUAACACAGAUGGUAAAUCGGCUCUGGAUCUUGCUGACCCUUCAGCCAAGGCGGUCCUCACAGGAGAAUAUAAGAAGGAUGAACUCCUUGAAGCAGCAAGGAGUGGAAAUGAAGAAAAACUGAUGGCACUGCUGACUCCAUUAAAUGUCAACUGUCAUGCCAGUGAUGGUCGUAAGUCAACCUCACAAAAAAUGCUGUCCACUCCCCUCCACCUGGCUGCGGGCUACAACCGGGUCCGCAUUGUUCAGCUGCUGCUCCAACAUGGCGCUGAUGUUCACGCCAAGGACAAGGGCGGCCUGGUUCCUCUUCACAACGCCUGCUCAUAUGGACACUAUGAAGUCACCGAGCUUCUGCUCAAACAUGGAGCCUGUGUGAACGCCAUGGACUUGUGGCAGUUCACGCCUCUUCACGAGGCGGCGUCCAAGAACCGAGUGGAGGUCUGUUCCCUGCUCCUGAGCCACGGGGCAGACCCAACCCUGCUAAAUUGUCACAGUAAGAGCGCUGUGGACAUGGCCCCCACUCCAGAGCUGAAAGAGAGGCUCACCUAUGAGUUCAAAGGUCACUCAUUGCUGCAGGCUGCCCGUGAAGCUGACAUGACCAAAGUUAAGAAGACAUUGGCUCUGGAGAUCAUCGGCUUCAAACAUCCUCAAACCAAUGAGACUGCUCUGCACUGUGCUGUGGCGUCCCCCCACCCCAAGAGGAAACAGGUGACUGAGCUGCUGCUUCGUAAAGGUGCCAACAUCAAUGAGAAAAACAAAGACUUCAUGACUCCCCUACACGUUGCUGCGGAAAGAGCUCACAAUGACAUCCUGGAGGUGCUGCAGAAACACGGAGCCAAGGUGAAUGCUGCAGACACACUGGGGCAGACGGCUCUUCACCGAGCAGCGCUGGCGGGUCACAUCCAGACCUGCAAGUUGCUGCUGAGCUACGGGGCAGACCCCUCCAUUGUGUCCCUGCAGGGCUUCACUGCAGCGCAGAUGGGCAACGAGGCUGUGCAACAAAUUCUUAAUGAAAAUGUUCCCACUCGUAAUUCUGAUGUAGACUACAGAUUUCUGGAAGCUGCCAAAGCAGGAGACCUGGACACAGUUCAGCAACUUUGCACCCCCCAGAACGUAAACUGCCGGGACUUGGAGGGCCGUCACUCCACUCCUCUCCACUUUGCAGCAGGUUACAAUCGAGUGGCCGUUGUUGAGUAUCUGCUCCACCAUGGAGCUGAUGUUCACGCCAAAGACAAGGGAGGUCUGGUCCCCCUCCAUAACGCCUGCUCUUAUGGUCACUACGAAGUGGCUGAGCUACUGGUCAGGCAUGGAGCUUCAGUCAAUGUGGCCGACCUCUGGAAGUUCACACCACUUCAUGAGGCUGCAGCCAAAGGGAAAUACGAGAUCUGCAAACUUCUUCUCAAACACGGAGCGGACCCCACCAAGAAGAACCGUGAUGGCAACAUUCCCCUGGACAUGGUGAAAGACGGAGACACAGACAUCCAGGACCUGCUGCGGGGGGACGCCGCCCUGCUGGACGCUGCCAAAAAGGGCUGCCUGGCCAGAGUGCAGAAACUUUGCUCCCCAGAAAAUAUCAACUGCAGAGAUGCUCAGGGGCGAAACUCCACACCGCUCCACCUAGCAGCCGGCUACAACAACCUGGAGGUAGCGGAGUAUCUGUUGGAGCACGGGGCUGAUGUCAACGCCCAGGACAAGGGGGGCCUUAUCCCUCUUCAUAAUGCCGCUUCUUAUGGGCAUGUAGACAUCGCAGCUCUGCUGAUCAAGUACAACACGUGUGUGAAUGCCACAGACAAAUGGGCUUUCACGCCCCUCCACGAGGCGGCCCAGAAGGGUCGGACACAGCUGUGUGCGCUGCUGCUGGCCCAUGGAGCUGACCCCACUAUGAAGAACCAAGAAGGCCAGACUGCUCUGGACCUGGCUACGGCCGAUGAUAUCAGAGCCCUACUGAUGGACGCCAUGCCACCAGACGCGUUGCCCAGCUGCUUCAAGCCGCAGGCCACAGUGGUCAGCGCCUCCGUCAUCUCCCCCGCCUCCACACCAUCCUGUCUGUCAGCAGCCAGCAGCAUAGACAACCUGGCUGGGCCGCUCACUGAGCUGGUUGCUGCUGCCGCCGCCACUUCUGGACCCUCUGGUGUGGCGGACGGAGCCACAGGCACUGACCGCAAGGAAGGAGAAAUGGCAGUUCUGGACAUGAACAUCAGUCAGUUCCUAAAGAGUCUGGGUCUUGAGCACCUGAGGGACAUCUUUGAAAGGGAACAGAUCACACUAGAUGUUCUGGCUGACAUGGGCCACGAGGAGCUGAAGGAGAUUGGGAUUAACGCGUAUGGCCACCGACACAAACUGAUCAAGGGUAUUGAAAGGCUGCUGGGGGGACAGUCAGGUGGCAACCCGUAUCUGACGUUCCACUGUGCCAACCAGGGCACCAUCCUGAUAGACCUGGCCCCUGACGACAAAGAGUACCAGUCUGUAGAGGAGGAGAUGCAGAGCACCAUUAGGGAACACAGAGAUGGAGGCAAUGCGGGUGGCGUCUUCAGCCGAUACAAUAUCAUCAAGAUUCAGAAGGUUGUAAAUAAGAAGCUGAGGGAGCGUUACACCCACAGGCAGAAGGAGAUCGCUGAUGAGAACCAUAACCAUCACAAUGAGCGCAUGUUGUUUCAUGGAUCUCCUUUCAUCAACGCCAUCAUUCACAAAGGUUUUGAUGAACGUCACGCGUACAUCGGAGGGAUGUUUGGAGCAGGAAUUUACUUUGCGGAAAACUCUUCAAAGAGCAAUCAGUACGUCUAUGGUAUCGGCGGAGGCACAGGAUGCCCAACGCACAAAGACCGAUCCUGCUACCUGUGCCAUAGACAAAUGCUAUUCUGCCGAGUGACUUUGGGGAAGUCUUUCCUACAGUUUAGUGCCAUGAAGAUGGCCCAUGCCCCUCCAGGGCAUCACUCGGUGAUUGGGCGGCCCAGUGUUAACGGUUUAGCUUAUGCUGAGUAUGUCAUCUACAGAGGAGAGCAGGCCUACCCAGAGUACCUCAUCACCUACCAGAUCCUUAAACCCGAGAGCACGGCCCUAUCUGCAGCAGGAGCUGAACAGAAGUCAUAGUUGCUUCUAACACUACAAUCUCGCAUAAAGACUUACAGCUUGAUAUCUUUUGUUUUUUGUGUUGCAAAUGCCUGAACAGCGUUUUCAUUACCAAACACAUUUCCAGUGUCCCGCCCUGUAGAAACCAUGGUGGCCAGUGCUUCAUGAGUAGAUAUGCUGUAAAAUACUCUCCUAUUUUUUGUGAUGACCUUGUAUUUUUGCAUUGGCUGCAUGUUAUUAUAGAAGCAUGCGAGUCCCAACAGCGUGCGUGGGUUUACUGCUCCCCUCCAUCCCUCUUCUUCGGCAGGAGGAUGCCCUUUUAGACUCUGAGGAGUGUUUUCCUGCUCUUUGUUGCUUAAUGACUGUGAAGAAUCACAGAAUCUUUUUUCACCAGCCUUUUGACUCACACUCAUCUUCAUGGAAUCCUCACGCCUAAGGAAUACAACCCACCACCACAUGGGUUCACUUUAACGAGACUAACACUCCUGGACUUGUAACAGUGCAACAUUGAUGCUGUAUUGUUUGUUCCAAACAUUAGCUGAACAAACUUAUAAACACUGAAGCUGUCACAUUUUUUCUAUGGUUAUAUUUAUGCUCUUGAGGAAGAGCGCUCACAUAACAAACUUCAGAGGUUUCUCAGUUGUACAAUAAGGAUUUGCAUGAGGGCGAAUGUGUGCUUUGCAAGGCUAAGAGAAGCAUCCUAAUUAAGCAUGGUUAGACCUUUAUAUUAUGACAGCAUUUCAUUAUGCUUUAAACCGAGUUGAUAGAUGUUGAAAUGUGCUUUUGAUGCCUUACAGGUGAAUAACACCUUAACAGCCAUUGAGCUCAUCAAGACACCUCUUCUGUCACCAUGGUCCUACUCAGACAUUCAUGCAUAAGGAUUUGCACUUUUACCUAAAAACCUAUUUAAGUUAUUUUGAAUUAAAUUGAGAAAUUUUGUGGGGAAAACUUAUUUGUACAGGUUGUGUAAAUGGUUGUGUAUAACUGUUGCUGUUUGACAGUAUCUGAGUUAAAAUGUAAAGACAUAUGAAUUUGCCUUUCAUGCCUCUUUGUUUAUCCCAUUUUUUUUAAAUAAAUGUCCCAAUAAUGGC